CAGAGGAGGAUCAUGGGAACCUGUGGGGUUUCCCCGCAGUCCCUGCUGUGGCUCCGCCUCUUCGGCCUGAUCUCCGUGGUCUCGCCCCUGAACCCGGACGACCCCAACGUGUGCAGCCACUGGGAGAGCUAUGCAGUGACUGUGCAGGAGUCGUACGCUCAUCCGUUUGACCAAGUGUACUACACCCGCUGCACCGACAUCCUCAACUGGUUCAAAUGCACCAGACACAGGAUCAGCUACAAGACGGCGUACAGGAGAGGCGUGAGGACCAUGUACCGGCGCCGCUCACAGUGCUGCCCGGGCUUCUACGAAAACAGAGACCUGUGUGCUCCUCUGUGUACUGAAGAGUGCGCCCAGGGACAGUGCGUCUCCCCCGAUACGUGCCAGUGUGAACCGGGCUGGGGAGGACUGGACUGCUCCAUGGGCUGUGAAAGUGACUUCUGGGGACCCCACUGCACGAACCGCUGUCAGUGCCAGAACGGGGCCAAAUGCAACCCGAUAACGGGAGCGUGCGUCUGCACCGAUGGCUUCCAGGGCUGGCGCUGUGAGGAAACCUGUGACCCAGAUUUGUACGGCAAAGACUGCCUGCUGGAGUGCCAGUGCUUCAAUGGUGCCACGUGCCACCAUCAGACUGGCGAGUGCCUCUGUACACCCGGGUACCACGGAACCUUCUGCGAGGAGUCUUGUCCUCCAGGUAAAUAUGGCGCCCUGUGUGAACAGCGCUGCCCCUGUCAGAACGGAGGAACGUGUCAUCAUGUCACCGGCGAGUGCUCGUGUCCCGCUGGCUGGGUGGGUCUGGUCUGCGAACAGCCGUGUCCGUUUGGAUCCUUCGGCAUUAAUUGCUCCCAGGAGUGCACCUGUCGUAACGGAGGCCUGUGCGACCACAUCAGCGGUCAGUGCCAGUGCACCGCCGGCUACAUCGGAGAGAGAUGCCAAGAGGAGUGUCCAGUGGGCUCUUAUGGGCCACAGUGUGCUCACAAAUGUGACUGCCAGAACGGCGCUAAAUGCUACCACAUCAACGGGGCGUGUCUGUGCAACGAAGGAUUCAAGGGCCCCAGCUGCCAAGACCGCUUCUGCCCCAGCGGCCUGUACGGUCUCAACUGUGACAAAUACUGCCCCUGCAACACUUCAAACACACUCAGCUGUCACCCUUUGUCAGGGGAGUGCGCCUGUGCAGCAGGAUGGGCGGGGCUUUACUGCAAUGAGACGUGCCCACCGGGUUACCAUGGCGAGGGCUGCAAAGAGCGGUGUGUCUGCGCGAACAGAGCCGAUUGUGACAGCAUCAACGGCGCGUGCACGUGUGCACCAGGAUAUAUUGGUGACGACUGCUCCAUCAGCUGUCCUGCAGGAUUAUUUGGCACCAACUGCACCCUGUCCUGUUCCUGCCACAACGAGAUCUCCUGCAGCCACGUCGACGGCGCCUGUAGCUGCAAAGAAGGUUGGCAGGGCGUGGACUGUUCCAUCCCGUGUCCCAGUGGAACAUGGGGGUUCGGCUGCAACCAGACGUGCCAGUGUGCCAACGGCGCCGCCUGUGACCCGGUCAACGGAACCUGUUCCUGUUCCCCCGGCUGGAGGGAUGAGUACUGCAACGUUCCCUGUCCGGAGGGAGUGUUUGGGCCAGACUGCAACGAGCGAUGUGACUGUGUGAACGCUGAUGGCUGUGAUCCGGUGACGGGGAUGUGUCGCUGUCUCGCUGGUUGGACAGGUGUCCACUGUGACAGCGGGUGCACGGACGGCCGCUGGGGACCCGACUGCUCCUACAGCUGCACCUGUGAGAACAGAGGCUCCUGCUCUCCAGAGGACGGCACCUGCGCGUGCGCCCCCGGAUACCGCGGCACCAAUUGCAGACGAACAUGUUUAUCUGGAUUCUACGGCCAUCGUUGCAGCCAGUCGUGUCCUCAGUGUGUCCACAGUGACGGCGUGUGUCACCACGUCACUGGACACUGUGAAUGUCUCUCUGGCUACUUCGGAUCCCUCUGCAACCAAGUGUGUCCCAGGGGGAAGUACGGGAAAGGCUGCGCCAACACGUGCACGUGCACCAACAACGGUACCUGUAAUCCCAUCGACGGCUCCUGUCAGUGCUUCCCUGGAUGGAUCGGCGAGGACUGCUCCAAACCGUGCCCUCAGGGGUCGUGGGGUCCAGACUGCAUCCACACAUGUAACUGUCACAAUGGAGCCAAGUGCGCCCCUACAGACGGCGAGUGUAACUGCAGCCCUGGAUGGACGGGACUCUACUGCACUCAGCGAUGUCCAACCGGUUUCUACGGCUCAGAGUGCGCCGAGGUGUGUCGCUGCCAGAACGGGGCUGACUGUGACCACAUCAGCGGGGAGUGCUCCUGCAGGACGGGCUUCAUCGGACAAAGCUGCCACCUCAAGUGUCCUGCAGGGACGUUUGGUUACGGCUGCCAGCAGCUGUGCGAGUGUCUGAAUAACGCCACCUGCGACUACGUGACGGGAACCUGCUACUGCAGCAUUGGCUUCAAAGGCAUCCGCUGUGACCAGGCGGCCCUGAUGAUGGAGGAGCUGAACCCGUACACAAAGAUCAGCCCCGCCUUGGCGUCGGCGCGCCACUCGACUGGCGCCAUCCUGGGAAUCAUCUUCCUGCUGCUACUCGCCGUGGCCAUGCUGGCUCUGGCCAUCUGGUUCCGUUACCGGCAGCGAGUCAAAGGUCAACACGCGCCAAAUGUCACAUACACACCGGCCCUCCACAUCAACACCACCGACUACUCCCUCUCUGAUUACAUGAAGGGUUCAUUGUCCAGCACCUGCUCCCUCAGCAGUGAGAACCCGUAUGCCACCAUCAACGAGCCGCCAGCUCUGGCGUGUAAACACUCGGAGAGCAGCUACGUGGAGAUGAAAUCACCGACUCAUCAGGAACACGUGACACACUGCUGCUCCACCGCCGCCGCUGUCAUCACGAUCACCAACACCACCGCCGUGCCCUCCAAGAACGUCUACGACAUGGAACCAACCAUCAGCAUCUUGCAGCCCGGCUCAGUGGUCCAUGGUUACCCUCAGAACCCCUACGACCUGCCCAGGAACAGCCACGUCCCCGGACACUACGACCUGCUUCCUGUGCGGCCCAGCCCCUCCCACAGCCACACGCCCCCACUGCCAGGCAGUCCAACCAGCUCACUGCUCUAAACCCGCCGGCCGGAACCCAAACCGUACUCUUUGGGGAGGAGCUGCAGCCACUUCCUGCACCAGGAAGCUGUGACCUGGGAUGUGAUGUACAAAGACUUUUUGUCAGUUUGUCAAAAAGACAACACCAGAAAUUGUUUGAUAUCGCCGUAUUAUAACUGAACUCUUUGAGCUGUUCCGUGCCCGACCGCACCGCUUCGUCAAACUGUGACUUUACAUUUUCUUCAGUGUUUUGAUGUCAUUGUUAUUUUUGAUACAUUUUGUGGGACGUCGUCUGCAUGGGAAAUUUAUUGAAGACCA